AUGGCCGCCCAAAAAUCCCCCACCGUUGAGGUGACAAACCUCAGCUACAAGUUCCCGGACUCUACUUCCGGUCUCAAAGACGUCUCCCUCUCCCUCCCCGCAAGAUCGCGCACCCUCCUCAUCGGUGCUAACGGUGCCGGCAAGACCACCAUCCUUCGUCUGCUCGCUGGCAAGCGCCUCGCACCCGAAGGCGGCAUCGCCAUCGGCGGCGUCGACCCCUUCAAGGAGGGACUAGAGGGCGUUACCUACCUGGGACUGGAGUGGGUUCUCAACCCGAUCGUGCGAACCGACAUCGGCGUCGUCGAGCUCCUCCGCAGCGUCGGCGGUGAUGCAUACCCCGAGCGUCGCGAUGAGCUCGUCUCUGUGCUCGACAUCGACACGGCCUGGCGCAUGCACGCUGUUUCGGACGGUGAACGCCGUCGCGUGCAGCUUGCAAUGGGACUCAUCCGCCCCUGGACUAUUCUGCUCUUGGACGAGAUCACUGUUGAUCUUGAUGUGCUUAGCAGAGCUGAGUUCCUAGGGUGGCUGCGCCACGAGACCGAGAUCCGCGAGUGCACCAUUGUUUAUGCUACGCAUAUUUUGGAUAACCUUGCUGGAUGGCCGACGCACCUCGUCCACAUGCACCUCGGCACCGUCAGGGAGUGGAAUACGGCAGACAAGUUCCUCGAGGGCGUUGACGGGCGCAGCGGCAACAGCACGCUUGGCGAGCUGGUUCUGGGAUGGCUGCGGAAGGACCUGAAGGACCGCGGCCCGCGUUCGCAGGGCAGAGUUGGCCCUGAGGGCAAGACGUAUGACGCUGGUGGUUACGGAGGUUACGGCGACGAGUCUGAUAAGCUGAAAUAA